AUGGCGUCGUCGUUGCAGCUGGAUCUCAGCAGCGAGGAGGUUUUGGCGCUCGUCGAGGCGGGCGUCAUUUCAGGCCAAACAAUCCACGACGCCUAUCGUGCAGAAGCAGCAUCGGCCGGAUGGCCUCGCAGCGACUUGCCUGAGAUUGACGUCUUGGAGUCUUUGGUGGCGAAGGGCGUCCUGACGAACGAGGGCGUCCUUGACUGGAUGCAGUCGGGCGUGGUGACGGCGCAGACAGGACCCGCUGGCGGGCGUUCGUCGAAGCCUCGCCGCCGCCCGACUGAUCCGAAGGACAAGGCGCCUUGGUACAUGCGCGGCUUGAAUGCCCCCAUCUUCGCGAAGACAGACCUCCAGCCGGAGCUGGCGUUGCUUUCGCGCCAGGGCAACUGCGUCGCGCAUGGCAUCGGCCACGUGAUCGGCAAGGCGCUGGAUGCCGUAGCAUAUGCGAAGAUCUUCCCUGCCGCCGCUUCGCGUGGCCGCAAAUACGUGGACGUCGCCGCUGCGCUGGGCGUUGGUUGGCAGGAGGCGCCUGGGCGGGCUUGCGUCGUCGGCGCGUCGGAGAGCGGGCAGGUGAGCGACCUUUCUCUCCCUGGCGCCUACCUAUGUCAUCAGUCUGGCAAGAGAGUGGGGCAUUGCACGGGAGUUCGCGUACAUGAUCGCUACGUUACCAUUUGGGAGAAUAAGUACAAGUUUGAAACCACGUCCAAGGUAUCGGCGCCGCCAAACAUGUUGAUUUUCAAAGUCAUCAUCGCUGACAAGGGAGCGCAUGGCCAUUGCCUGGGCCGUCGUCUGCGCGGUCUCAGGGCCGGCACGUCUCGCGGGGGGGCUCCGCACUUAUCGCAGUAUUCCAGAGAUUUGGGGGCGGUCAUAGAGGACUCGGCGAUCCCUGAAACACAGGCUGCAGAAUUCGAGGUGCCAACGCAACCGGGCGACCCCCCGACGGUUGGCGCCGAGGACACGAUGGCGGCCGAGAUAUCUGAGGGAGCUCCUCGAGACGCCGCCAUGGUCGCGGCCUUGGCGAAGCGGAUGCGCAUCGCGGGGGCCGCCACUUCCCGGGAGACGUUCAAGUCGAUGUGGUCCGACGUGACGGAGAAGCCCUCGAAGCUCGCGAACUCGUCGGCCGCCGACCCGCCUCAGUUUCACGGAGUGGUGGCUGCUACGGAGAGGCUUGCCGAUAUCGUUAACAAAAACCACGAGGAGUGGAACGACGAUGUCAAAAGGCUUGGGAUGGCAGCUCUAAUGCUGUAUCGGAGCAGGCAAUCUGAUGUCAGCCUCCUUCAGCACGUUCAGCUUCUCUGGGUGCUUCUGGGCGGGCGCGAGCUGCGGGCGCGCUCAGGUCGUGCUUAUUUUUACGAUCAUUCCCUUGGACAUUUCGAGGGCUUCGACGGUCUCAUGCCGCCGACCGUGCUAGCUGCCGCUGGCAAUGCCAUGCUGACCUUGGAAGGGUUGUUCAGGUCCUUCAAGGCGCCUGUCGCGCGCAAGGACGCGGACGUACUGAAUGCGAUCGGUUCGUCCAUCAAGGAGGCCUUGGCGCAGAACAACAACGACUUGCCGAGUGCAAUGUUGACUUUCCAUGACAACUGCAUGUUCAACAAAGGCAAUAACUUGUUGAAAGCAGGGGGCGCCGCGCCUGGCAGGCAGAGCGAACCGGGCGGCGACGGCGAGGAUGCAGAGGGCGCCUUUGCAGCCCCUGCACCGGACACGAGCAAUUCGGCUGACAGCUGGUUCGUGCUAACGGCUCAGACCAUAUCCAAAGUGUCAACUAAGCUUCAGUAUGAGUUGUUGGGAAACAAGUUGGUUCCUUAUUUCAUUGAGUGGUGUUUAACUGACAUGCAGCGGGUUCCAGGAUGCGCGUGCGCUGACUGCUGCGUGUUGUACGAUCGCAGCGCUUUCGAGAACGUUUGCUUGUUGUCGUCUCGUUCACCAGAGAACAACAUAUAUCUCGGCAUCCCGACACCUCUGCUGGACCCGGUGCUCGGCGCCGCCAUGGAGCGCGUUCAGCGCGUGUAUGCAGCGCAGGCAUUGGCCAAGCGCGGUCAAAACAUCGACCAAAUAACUGUGUAUUGGGGGCCGGGCGGCGUCGGCCUAUCCCUCUACACUUCGCACUUGCACGCGAUGUACGGCGAUGAGAACCACAAGUUCUUCGAUCCGAAUAUACUUUUCCAGGGCGAGGAGAUGCGGAAGGUGGUGGAACUCUUGGUCGGCGGCUGCAUCUUCACCGGCCAGGGGCGGCCCUCGGGGCAGAGGAGUAGCAUGCGCCAGGACUUACUCAAGAAGUUCGCCACGGCCGACACCAUCGCGGGGAGACUGCCGUACUCCAUCUUGACGAAGAUGUACAGGAUCAUCGGGUGGAAGCGCAUGGAGGUAAACCAGUUCUUCACUUUCGACAACGUCAACGAGCACAACCUGGAGUCUAUUGUGCGCCGCAUCGCCAUCAUCAAGAUACAGUCGCGGUUCUUUGACAAGCUCUACGUUGAUAAGAUUAUUCUCACCGACCCGAGCAGAUACGGCAUCUUCGCGCGCGAUCCCGACGCCAGGGACUUCAUGAUUAGCGGGGCCGCAGUUGCGGCAGGCCAUAAGAUUCAGUACGCGUUCGAGGUGGAGAACGGGCCCGAGGCGUGCAGAGACAUUUUGGUGAACUACACGAAGUGCGGCGGUGACCAUGGAGUAACCGAGACAUACGUCAGGAUCGCUUGUCAUAUCAAGGCGGACAACGCUGCGGAAUCAGCGGCGAGCGCUGUCGCCGAGGGCUUGGUUGACCCGCCGUCCCAGGACGGCCAUUUGCCGAGUUCGCCGAUACUCCUUCUCAGCAACCAUUUGGUGAAGGAGCUGCAGCGGAAAGGAUUGAACUACUUGACUUACAGCGUGUUCCGAGCGUCUGCAACACCUCCCGGCGCUAGCAGCCGAGCGUUGAGAAGUCUCCACCCGGCCAUACUGGAGGAAGACCAGUUCCCGCUGAUCCUGUGCAAGAGCUACAAUGCGCGCGCGGAGUGGCCCGUCCUCGGCGUAACGUCAACGGGAGCUCACAUCAGGAAUUGUCCCGAGAACGAGUUCGCCAAGAUGCUGGUGAGAACAGCGCGUUUCCUGCGUUGGCUAGCCGUGGGGCUGUGCCCGGAGCAGUUCAAGCUCCUAGAGUCCGCGCAGGACAAGUGGUCAGAGGCAUCGUUGGCCAGCUACAUGUGGCAAGGCGUUGAGGAUUAUUGUUUGGAGCAGUGGGUCGACUUUGUCAUGGAAGAGAAAGUCAGUCACGUAUCUUUGCAUUUCGACGGCCUGCGCGUCGACAAGGGGCGCGUCCUUUUGAGCCAGGCGGGCGGCGAUGCGCAGGCCACGGCAGUUUCGGACGCAGAGAAGGCGCUGUUCUCUGCCGGCAAUGGCAUCUUCUGCGCAAUGGCUGCGCUCGCGGGCAACUGGUCGGAUAUGUCGACGAAGGCCGCUGCCGCCGCAACGCCUCCCAGCGCAGCGGCGGCCUCGGCGGCCUCGUCGCCGCUGAUCUGGGCGCCGCCUCGGCGCUCGUAUCGGACAUGUGCGAGAGCGGCCAAUGUGAAGCUGUUGCCCGUGGAAGUGGCACAGGAAAGUUGUCCUGGGCUAUUCCUAGUGCACUGCGAGCCAGACGUUGCGCCGCUUUGCGUCGGCAUCGACGUGAAACAGCGUGGGCCGCACAAGUGCUACGUCGGCAGGGAGCGCUGGAGUCUGCCGGCCGGGGCGCUGGACGAGGCAGAGAACAUUGCGCAGCUGUCGAAGUAUUCGAGCACGGCGGCAGCAUCUUACACUCAGAAGGGUUAUCUUGGGACGUACCUCGAGGCGGCGUUCGCUCUCGGCGGCGGGCAUUCGUCGACCCUUGGCGAUGACGUCGCUGCACGCGACGCCAUGGACAUGGUGGCCGGAGCCGGCGUCGAGGAGGAGGGGGCCGUUGACGUCGCGAACGCCGACGACGAGCACGCCGAGGAAUUGGAUGGCGAUUCAUGCGUGCGCGUGCAUGCGAAUCUCUUGCAGCUACUACGUGACGAGGUUACUGACUUCGAGAUGAUCGUGAAGUCGCUCUCUCGCACAGGCGCCACGAAGGACGGGAAUGGGAGCCGUUCAAGGCGCGCGGGAAACACGUACUACACGAAGGAGUUCGCCGAGCUCGUCUUCCGCGAAUCCAUCUUGCACGAAGGUCGAGUGCGCCCGAUGAGGGCGAGGAUUGUGACGCGCUUUAAGGAAGCCGGCAGUUGCGUCACGCACCUUCUACCAGGAAAGGUCGUUCAGUGGUUGUCGUUGAUGGAGGACGUAUUCUCGUCUCCGUUCGUAGAGGACUUGCGAACCAAUCUCAUGGGCGAGUUGGUUGAUAAUACAGAGUUUGAGCACGUUUCGUUGGAUGCAACUCUGCGCACUGCCAUGCGCGUGAAAGGCCAGGCGAACUACAGGGAACCGGCAGAGAUUCGAGCGGCGGCGCCGUUUCCAGACGGCGCUGCCAAGAGGCGCAUUUUGACUGCCAAAGGUCGCACGUCAGCCGCCAUUGGCAUGUGGCCCGUGGCCAGCGAAGCGGCAUCCGUCGUGAAGGCUAGCUCGCUGUCUGCCGCCGAGGGCCGCGCGCAGUCGUUGAUAGCCGGCGGCGGCAUGCAGAAGCGCCGAGCGCACAAGAUCAUUGCAGAUCUCGACGCCAAUGAGCCAUUCGUGAGAAAACUUGAGUUCAUCGAGGCAUUGGCGGCAUUGACGUCCGUCUACUGGGAAGAAGUGGACAGGCGCACCCCCGCCGCGCCAAGCAAGAAGCUGGCUGAUGUAAUAGCGAAUGCCGCGCAGCACAGUCGACGCGAGUAUCUUUUUAAUAAUUUGCGCAUGCGGCACUCGCUGCCGGCUCGCGCGCUGCCAUUGCUCGGUUCGGGCACGAGCCCAAACGAAGCGCUGCGUAGCGAGAUCAACAGGUGGUUUAAGAACCAGCCGGAGUUGUACGCGCAGACUUUAGAGCUCCAGCUCGGCGUCAACGUAAUCGGCAAGCAAAUGAUGCAUAAUUCAGCUAUGCACGCCCCCACUCUGCGCCAGCUGUCUUCGCAAACUGUCGCAGCUAGCGUGGUCUGCUCGUUUGCGAUAUCCGCCGCCGAGCGGGCAAAUCAUUGCGCUUCUCAGGCGCAGGAGCAGAGGGCGCCGCGGAAAGCGCAGCUUCCGCUGGCGCUGCAGCGCAAAGCCGCUGAGCCCCUGGCGAACAAGUGGAAGGUGGAUCACAAGCGCAUGGUUGUUGCGCGCAAGCCAGCAGGGCAACAACAAUUCAUUCGCACCCUGAAGCGGCCGGGCGCAGCCAAGCAGCGCAAGCGCACGCCCUUCUCUCUUGUUCGGAAGCGCAGCUAG